UCUUGUCUCUUGCUACAUGUCUCAGCCCUGGACCCCUGCUCUGCCUACAUCAGCCUGAACGAGCCCUGGAGGAACACAGAGCAUCAGAUAAAUGGUUCCCACGGCCAGCCAACGUGCGACAGUCAAAUUGACGGGGAGUGGUAUCGCUUCACUGGCAUGGCUGGCGAUGCCAUGCCUACCUUCUGCAUACUAGAGAACCACUGUGGCACCCAUGCUCCCAUCUGGCUGAAUGGCAGCCACCCGCAAGAGUCAGAUGGCAUCGUCCCACGGCAGGCCUGUGCCAGCUUCAACGGGAACUGCUGCCUUUGGAAUACCACGAUUGACGUCAAGGCGUGUCCGGGCGGAUACUACGUGUAUCACUUAACCAAGCCUAGCGUUUGUUUCCAUGCGUACUGUGGGCAUUUUUAUGACAUCUGUGAUGUGGUGGAUUGCCAGGACUCCUGUCUGGAUACCAGCGACUGCACAUGUACCUCGGGGACGACGCUAGGACCUGAUGGACAGACGUGUCUGGAUGAAAAUGAAUGUGAGCAGAACAAUGGAGGCUGCAGCGAAUUUUGUGUUAACCUCAAGAACUCCUACCGCUGUGAGUGUGGGAUCGGGCGCACGCUGGGAAGUGACGGGAAAACCUGCGAAGAAAUUGAAGGCUGUCACAAUAACAACGGAGGCUGCAGCCACACCUGCAUUGAAAUGGGAGACACAUACCAAUGUGAAUGUCCGAGAGGACUUCUUCUGUCAGAAGACAACCACACUUGCCAAGUUCCAGUGCUGUGCAAGUCCAGCUCUAUUGAGGUGAGCAUCCCAAAGGACCUGGUUGGAGGCCUGGACCUUUCCCUCAUCAACACUUCCUGCAAAGGAGUAUCCAACGGCACUCACGUCAACAUCCAUUUCUCUCUCAAGUCCUGUGGCACUGUUGUGGAUGUAAUAAAUGAUAAAAUCAUUGCCACCAAUCUGGUGACUGGCUUGCCAAAGCAGACUCCAGGAAGCAAUGGGGACAUCAUUGUUCGCACCAGCAAGCUGCUGAUCCCAGUGACCUGUGAGUUCCCACGUCGGUACACCAUCUCUGAAGGUUAUGUGCCCAACCUCAAGAACUCUCCCUUGGAAAUCAUGAGCCGCAACCAGGGCAUCUUUCCCUUCACUCUGGAGAUCUUCAAAGACAAAGACUUUGACGAACCCUACAGGGGUGCUCUUCCUACCCUCAAGCUUCGGGACUCUCUGUACUUUGGGAUUGAACCCUUGGUACAUGUCAGUGGACUAGAGACACUGGUAGAGAGCUGCUUUGCCACUCCCACCUCAAAAAUUGACGAGAUCCUGAAGUACUACCUGAUCCAAGAUGGCUGCGUUUCUGAUGAUUCGGUGAAACAGUACACAUCAAAGGACCAUCUUGCCAAGCAUUUCCAGGUUCCUGUGUUCAAGUUUGUGGGCAAAGACAAUAAGGAGGUGUUCUUGCAUUGCCGUAUCCUUGUCUGCGGGGCACUGGACGAGAGCUCUCGCUGUGCCCAGGGCUGCCGGAGACGGGUGCGCAGGUCCACUGAGACGGAGAAGGACAAGGAGGAGGAAUCUGAGCAUGUGGCAAACCACAUUCUGAGCGGCGGCCCCAUCAGAAUCGACUUUGAUGACUAA